UUUACAAUUUAGUUAAUCAAUUUAACUACCAGAUAAUGAUUUGUCUUUUAAUAUUUCAGUAAAUUUAUUAUAACAUAUUUGGCUAUUUGCCAUGAACUUCCGGUGGAAGAUAAAGACACACGCGGAUCUAUCCUGAAAAGAACGCGAAAUAAUAUAAAAAUAACUAAUAAAACUACUCAUAUUUGGUAAAUUAACAUUAGAUCUACAUAAGUAUGUCCAAUAACGGUGCUCCGGACUCUUGGGAAACUCAAGCCGAUGUUAUGGGUGAACAAGGUGCAAAAGAUUCUAAUGAUGUGUCUGAAAAAUUUUCCACGUUGAAUGUGAAUGCCGUGGAGUUUGUGCCUACUUUUGGUGUGCCGUCACAGGCUAACGACAAUAGUGAUUCACCCACAACACCACAAAAAUCUGAAAGCGGUUCUACAAACUCAGCAGGGAGCCCCGUUUUGAAUGGUUGUGGAGAUGGUGGUUCAGACAGUGGAGCGGCGUCCGUGUCGCCCCGCGUGGAGGAGCCGCCGCCUGUGCCGGCCCCCGCGCCCGCGCCCGCCCCCGCCACACCAUCCCCUGAGGAGGAGUCAGCCCCCGCCGCCCCCGCGCCUGCGCCCGCGCCCGCGCCGCGACCCGCCGACGACUCACCCACAGCCGAGAGCUGGGAAGUUGAAGCUGAUGAUGCCCUCCUCACACCUGAAGACAACAAUGAUGGCGACGAGGAAGAGGUUGAUGCUCAGGAGGAUGGUGAAACAAUUAAAAAGAUUCCUAAAAAGAAGCCCGUGCGAACCAUGGAAGAGUUAACGCGGAGCAAGAAGGAACAUGUGAAUGUUGUAUUUAUAGGACAUGUCGACGCCGGCAAGUCGACGAUCGGCGGUCAAAUUAUGUCCCUCACGGGGAUGGUGGACAAGAGGACACUGGACAAGUACGAGAGAGAAGCAAGGGAGAAGUCCAGGGAGUCGUGGUACCUCUCGUGGGCUCUAGACACUAACCAAGAAGAGCGAGACAAGGGCAAGACGGUGGAGGUGGGGCGCGCGUACUUCGAGACGGACAAGAAGCACUUCACGAUCCUGGACGCGCCCGGGCACAAGAGCUUCGUGCCCAACAUGAUCGGCGGCGCCGCGCAGGCCGACCUCGCCGUGCUUGUGAUAUCAGCGCGUAAGGGCGAGUUCGAGACGGGGUUCGACCGCGGCGGGCAGACGCGCGAGCACGCCAUGCUGGCCAAGACGGCCGGCGUCAAGCACCUGGUCGUGCUGGUCAACAAGAUGGACGACUCCACCGUCGCGUGGGAUGAGAAGAGAUACAACGAAUGCAAAGACAAAAUCCUACCUUACCUUAAGAAAUUGGGCUUCAACCCAGCGAAAGAUCUCUCCUUCCUGCCCGUGUCAGGGCAGACCGGACAAGGCUUAUUGGAACAAGUUUCAGAAGACAUCUGCAACUGGUACCGCGGCCCCUCCUUCAUCCAGUUCAUCGACGACCUGCCCUCGCUCAACCGCAAGAUGGACGGCCCCUUCAUCAUGCCCGUCGUGGACAAGUACAAGGACAUGGGCACCGUGCUCAUGGGCAAGGUGGAGGCGGGCACUACUAGGAAGAGCCAGACGCUCUUCCUCAUGCCUAAUAGGGUGCAAGUGACUGUGGACCAGCUGUGGUCGGACGACAUCGAGGUGACGUCCAUCGGGCCGGGUGAGAACGUGAAGGUGAAGCUCAAGGGCAUCGAGGAGGAGGACGUGUCGCCCGGCUUCGUGCUGUGCGACGCCGCCGAGCCCAUCACCACCGGCCGAGUAUUUGAUGCUCAAGUAGUGAUUUUGGAACAUAAGUCUAUAAUUUGCGCCGGAUACUCAGCUGUGAUGCACAUCCACUGUGCAGCCGAAGAAGUCACUGUUAAGGCCCUAAUCUGUUUGGUGGACAAGAAAACGGGGGACAAGUCGAAGACGCGGCCGCGCUUCGUGAAACAGGACCAGGUCGCCAUCAUGAGGAUAGAGUGCGCGGGCGUCAUCUGCUUAGAACCCUUCAAGAAGUUUGCCCAGAUGGGCAGGUUCACGUUAAGAGAUGAAAAUAAAACGAUCGCUAUUGGUAAAGUCCUGAAGGUGAUUGAGUAAACACGGCACUACGAUUUGUAAUUUAGCUAGGAUAGGCCUUUCGAAAACCUAUAUUAUCAGAAACGCAUGUAUUCCUCAAUGGUGGGGUUGGUAGCGCGAGCGCCGAGUGUUGCUUCACCGAUGCAAUGAGUUCAUGACACAUUUAUGGCCUUCUACUCCCAAUAAUAGUAACACUAGUCCAGUAAAUUGUAAAUCUUUUACUAAGAUUUUUAUAGCUACUGCCACGAAGCAGGAUAUUACAAUGUUGCUGUACAGAUUGCGACUUUAUUUACAUAAAGCUUUUACAAGUGACUUGAUUGUUGGCGGCACAGUCCACAGAGUUUAUAAUCGCGAACCACUGCUUUCUUUCCGUAUGUUGAUGCUUCACGGCGGGACCGAGGGAGGAGCUCUCAUUACUCUAGUUACAUUUCUCUUUCAUACUUACCCUCUUAAAGUAGUAUUUAUUUUAAAUUAUGAAAAUUACGUUUUUCUAAUUUGCUUCUCUAUCUUCUAUUUAUAUUAAAUUAGUAACGUUUUGGUGAAUUGUUGUCUAUUUUAGUCACACGUAGGUGAACCCCGCUUGUUUCGCACUUGUCUGUUAAUGUUAGUGUCCGCAAUAAUUCAUGUUGUUUUAUCAACUUACGAUGAUAAUUUAUUGCUUUCACUGGUACGUCAUGUAUUAUUGUAGGAAGAAACUGAGAGUACUUAUGGAAAGUUUUGCGAAUUAAUAUGAUGGUGGUGUUUACAUGUAUUUCUUUGGCCCAACCCCUGUAUUGUUACGAUAAAUGUAUAUUAUGAAAUAAAUUUCAGCUUUUUUAUGAUAAUCUGAUUAAUUACACGUAGGGGCGUUUGUAUAUUAUUAUUACUGAUAUUUAGUGUAUAUGAUGAGUGGGACCGGGCGGCGACCCCCCAGUGCCUUGCGCCGCCGCACCCGCCCCGCUACACGGCGCAGACUAUAUUAUUUUGUUUAAAUAAAAUAAAUUUAUUAAUAAA